GACGCCUUGUUGAGGGCCGUGAAAGCGUGGCAGACCCUCCACUUUGUUGUCUUGGUGCCCUUCCCGGUGUCUUCCUCUGUUGCCUCCAGUGUUGCUUCAUCUCGGCUCGUGUCUUGGUUCUGGGUCUCGACCUCCUCCCAAAAGGGCGGCAACCCGUUCUUCACACACUCUUCGUUCACUCGUCUGAGGACCUCUGCUCUUGUGAGUCCGGUUUUGCCUGCGUCUUUGGGAGCCAAAUUCGUGCUAUUCAGACAUUUCAGAAACUCGCCUGGGACCCUCUGGAUUACGUGCGCUUCCUCCAUCUCAUCUAGGACGUUGUAGAACCAAGACUUCUGGUUCUCCGUGAGCGGGCGUUGCGACAUGCGGGUCGGCAACUUGAUAUUCGGGUCGACGUCUAUGUGGUGUUUCCACCAGUCCACAAAUAGGACUUCUGACAUGGACAGGGCGAACACAUCCGCGUAUUCUUUGAUGAGCGCAACCACUUCUUCCUUCUGUUCCGUUGUCAGGUCCGUCCCAAUCUGGACCGCGUCUAUUAUCUUGUUGACUCGUUCCUCGUUGAAGGGGUCCGUUGCACGGAUCGAUCUAUUUGUUCCUCUGUCGAUCUUGAAGCCCUCUGAGCCUGUGGCCGUGCUCAUUGUGAAUAUUGUGUCUGGUGUGGACCCUGCCCCUUCCUUGUCCACGUCUGCCAUUUGUUCCGUGCAAAUGGAUCUGAGUUCGUCCAGUCUCGACCGGAGGUGUCGAAGUCGGUGGUCCGAUCGGCGAAGCUUGUUCUCGUCGUCUUGUCCACCUGAUGUCCGCCACAACGCCGCUAUGAUUGCUUCUCUUUGCCUUGUCCUCCAUUUCGCCGCAUCUGCCUCUGUCUGCCUCUUUCUGGCCUCCCUCGCUGUCUCCUCUGGUCUGUUGUCCCCGUACUUUGCGUAUCUUGUUUCGGCUCCCCGUCUCGACGACUGGAUCUGCAGGACACGUGUGAGCUCGUCGUUGACCAUGUCGUCUUCCCUUGUUGCUGAACUCUGUUCCUUCAUGUCGUUGCCGUUGUGGUGUGUCCGUUUUGGCGCUGUCCUGGUGGGUGGGGGAAGUGGCUGCUCGGGGGGUGGUCGGGGUGGUUGGGCGUCAUGUGUUGUGGAUAGCUCGCACGCUAUGCAGCCACGGUUUUCCUAGGAUCACGUCGAAUGCUCCGCCACCCUGGAAGACCUCAAACCACGCUCCUGUUGUCACGCCGCCUACUGAUACUUGGCCCCACCACCUUCCUUUUGGUGUGAUCCGUUCACCGCUCGCUACCUUGAGGACUGUCUUCGACUGGGCCAGCCUGCCCAAGCACUGUCCGUACUGUGUCCACCGCUCCGCCGAGAUGCAGUUGCGCAUGGCGCCGUUGUCGAUCUGCGCCGUCAGGCGGACCGUGCUGCCGUUGUCAUUGGCGAGCCGGAUCCGUUGGUAGAACGGUUCGACAGCAGUGUCUGGGUCGGAUCCUAUGCUCAGUAUGGCGCUCGGCAGGGGUGCCCUAUACUCGAGAACCCGUGUAUUCGAUGGUUGGCCUAAUACAAAUCGUAUUUCCGAAUUGGUGUCCCGCGUAAAAACUUCCCGGCGCCUCCGUGCUGAAUGGUCUCUUUCCGGGGGAUUUGGAGAAUUUGGAGCAACACCACCCCCUACAAGGUGUGCUCCCCUCCGUUUCCCUGUUCCUCGUUCUCUUCUUGCUCGCCGAAAUCGAUGGGCUCAUUUGCAUCCAGCUCACCAAAUAUGGCGUUGAUUGGCACCGCUCCCAUCUGACGGGGAGGGAAUACCACUGAGUGGACCCAUCGUCGGAUGUUCGACUCGAUGAUUGGUAGCGGUAGCGGCACAGCACAACUUCCAGCGCCGUGGGGUGGGUCUCGAAGGCCGCACCGGUAGCAUUCCCGUGACCCCGGUGGGAGUGUCCCUGGCGUAAAUGGGAAGAUCCUUCAUUACCUCGGAAUUCUCCCGUGCGGUGUAAGAAGGCGGCGGCCACUUCUUCUCGAAGGCUGCGGUGAUCCUUUGCCAGUCUGCCUUGUCUGUUGCUGGUAGCGCUUUGUACCAGACCUCCGCGGGGCUCCCUGGGUACAACGCCCGCUCGAACCUCCACCUCUUUUCGUCAUCCUUCGCAUCGAAUUUCCACAUCUGCUCUAGCUGUCUUAGCCAGACAUUCGCCUUCUCUGCUGUUCCGUCCCCCUUGAAGAGCUCUGUUUUCGGGCCCAUACUAUGCUCGUCCUCGUCGUCUGAUGUUGGUGGCGUUUGUGAGCUGUGCAGUGUCUUUUCUUGCACUUGAUUCUGAUACGGCCCAGUUGUGUGGUCCGCGUUGAUACCAAUGGGUUCUGAUGACGCUGUCCUUCGUGCUAGGCGGAGUCGUCGAAGCUGUUUUUGAGCUUCUCGUGCGUUUUUUUCAAGUGCGUGCGUGGCUUGGAUCCGCUCGUAUUGGCGGAGUUGUCGGUCCGAAAGGUACGACGGUGUUUCAGGUGCCAGGGUGUGGUAUUCGAUCCCUCCAAUCACCAAAUGGAGUCGCCUCUGGAACGCGCGUGUGAACUUGGACCCACGCCAGGUGCCCGCAGAUGUCGGGAAGGUGGGUGUAUUCUCCGAAAAACGGUGGUCUGACUAAUGUACCGUCUAAACUAGGAAAGACCAGCUCUAGACUCCUGGCACAGCCACACCGAGAAGGCCCAUACGGCGUCUGUGUCGUCUCGGUCUGCUAGGCAUUCAUCGCUCACGGAGAGCAGGAACUCGUCUUCCGCUACGUCGGGACAAGGUUGGACAUCUCUGAAACCUAUCCUGAGGAAGUUGCACAGGGUCCUCUUCAUCCAGAGUUGGAGGCGUAUCCGAUCGCACUCCGUAGCCUUGUGUGUCACUUGCAAGACGGCCGCGACGUACAUCAGCGCCCGGUCGUCAUCGACCAUCUCGCCCUCCUGCACGUAUCCGUGAGCCUCGAGCUGGCCCCGACAGCGCGCGAAGAGCUCCUGGGGUGGGGUGUUUGGCGGAUAGCCAUGCGCGGUGAGGUACUCUCUCGCUAUAGCGACCGUGUCCAGCUCGCUCGAGCAUUCGGCGUGAUCGGGAGGGCCUCCAACGAAAGGGAUGUCGGCGCGGAACAUGUAGAAGAGGGUGACGAAGACGACCAGCGGGGUGAGAAGGGUGGGCGCAAACAGACGGGCAGGAUAGAGGUAGAGCAGAAGACCGACUUCGCAGGCCACAACGCCCAAGAAAACGUGAGGCCAGCAGGACUCUGAACGCAUCGUUAUGAGGCGAAGGGAUGCAGAUGGCAGGGAACUCACUUGGCUGUUCAUCGUGCGCGUCGUUAGAGAAUCCAGAUUGGGAGUCAGACAUCGCUGUGGGAUGGGUAAUCGAGCGGUGGUGGGGUGAGGCAAGCCGUGGGCAGACGACAUUGUUGUCUCUGGCCUUAAAUGCAUAUACCCACGCCCUUGCUUUGUUCUCGACGAUCCGCCAAAGCGCGCUCGGCAAGACAAAAGCGCGUCAAAGCGCAUCAAGGCACGUAACACUUUGACCUGUUGAGCGUGCAGAGAAGCUAUUAGAUAGCAGCAAUGUGGAAGGGAUCGUUUUGGUCCCUUUCGUAUUGAGGAAGCAGAGAUGUGUGUCGACGAGCUGCUGCUCGAGGACUGUUGGCCAAAAUCGGUCUUGGCG